GUUUCUCCAUUCGGUGCUUAGCGAGCUGAAGGUGGGGCAAACAGAUAGGAAUGUAGGGGCUGACCUAGCCUUCUGUCUGGGUAAUACAGAGCAGCUCCUCUCCCUGGCAGCCUCAGCAGAUGUAUGAAGUAGGAUCAUAUGAUAUUGGGACACUUAUGACCUUCAGACACAAUGUCAAGGUUACAUCUACUGAUGUCACUUUGUCUGUUGGUAAUGACAGUAUCAUCAAAUCUGCCACCUCCACGGAACGUUCGUAUAAUUUCUGAAAACUUCGUGCAUAUAUUGGUCUGGGAGAAUAAUUAUUUGAAUGCAUCUGUUCACUACAUUACCCAAGAAAGAUCGCAGUGGAAACCAGUUGAUAAAUGCUCCAAUGUUACAAACCAGCUCUGUGACCUGACGGAAUAUUUUACCGACCUUCUAGGAAAUUACCAAGGAUCUGUGCAAAGCUUCACCCAUAAUGCUAUUUCGAACAUUUCAUACUCUACAUUGUUUAAUCCGUUCGAAAGCACUGCACUGGGGCCGCCCAUUGUUCGUGUUACUUCAUGCAACAAAUGUAUCAAUCUUACAAUAAAUCUUCCAAAAUUGCCCACGGUGAGCUCAGACAACAAUCCUAUCUUAAAGCUGGUCAACGAGUACGCCAUACAAUACACAAUUACGGUGGUGACUCCCAAUGAGUUGGCAAAAAAUCUCACCAAAGACACGACUGAGGAAAACUUUACUACUGUGAUAAACGGCUUGUCUCCAAACACCAAUUACUGUGUAUCGGUUGCUGUGACUAAUUUUGGUAUUAACCUAAACACCCGACAUAUCCCAUCUGCUCCACAAUGUGUCAUCACUGAACCUCACCCUUUGGAAGGUGGUUAUGGUGGUUACAUGUGGUUAAUAGGAGGGGUUAUCGCUGGAGCUGUGAUGUUUAUACUUAUGCUAAUAAGUUUACUGGUUUCUUUGGACAAAGCAGGAUUCAUUUGCGUUGGACCCCAUUUCUUUCCCAAAGUCUUGAAAUCUGUUCCUCAGUCAGAGAGCACAUUUUUUCAGAAUAAGAACGUUUAUGCUCCAGCUUCAGUUUUCGCCGUGGAUGUUAUACACAAAGCUGAACAGGAGGAGGACAGCGAAAGUGUUGAUGGGCAAUGUGGCCAAGGUUACGCUCAGAGAAAAAAGCUCCAUCAAAGUAGCACAAGUGCUGAAGAGAACAGUGCUUUACAUUAUUCCACUGAGUCUUAUUCAGUCGAGACUAGCGGACAAGACAGUGGCUCUUCUGCUGAAACGGGAAAGGCAAUGGAAGCAACUCUUCUUGUAGAGAUUGACGAAGGUUGCUCUUCCAACACAGAGAUGUCCACUCACAAGUUGGAAAGCAACGAAAAUAUUUUAGUGAAUAUUAGAGACACCUUCAACGUCAAUUUAAAAUCAGUAUCCGUAGGAGAUCCAGAACGCCUCUGGACAGGUUUACAAAAACCUUUUCCAGAGAGGGGCCAAGAACCUGUAGUGACCAUGCAAGGAUCUAUAGAUUUGCCUGGUGCACGAGGAUUCGAACUAUCUACUAAUGAAUUGGAUACACCAAUCAUUUCAGAAUCUGAGGACUACUGCUCAGAGGAAGAGGAUCAUACCUCUGAUUUAGAUGAACCUUGUGUGUCUGGUUAUAUGAGACGAUAACUGUAUUAUUGCAUCAAGCACUCAAGCUGAAAUCAGUUCCCUGGUUCUACUAAGCCACUUUGUGUGGGGCCAAGAGCUGUGAAGAUUGUUUUAUUGGCCAGUGGAGAAGUAAAAAGCACUUGUACUGUAUAGGCACAUAAAACACCAAACAUGCUAUACUGUAUAUUCUUCAUAUACAGACUGAACUUUGAAAUAACAUAUAUAGUGCCUUUUUAAGGAUUAUCAACCUUUAAAAACCAGACGAUAAAAUACCUGGUAUUCUCCUCAUAUAGCUCUGAGUUAGGGUUUGAACUGCAACUCCAAGUCAGUGACUGUCUAUCACAGUCUGUUAUAGAGAAACACAUUUGCUUUAGACUGGCAGAUGGCUUUCUGCCAAUCAGAGAGAAUAUGAAGACUGUUACAAUGGUUUUAUGUAUUUAGUUCUCUGCAACGUACAUUGUCUGUCUGAGAGUGAGAUCUCUGUAUUUUUACAUGGCAUCUUUUUUUUAGGG